ACAGAAGAAACACCGAGAAGCAAGAACCUUUCCGUGCCAGUCUCUGCCCUAGCCCCAGUCCCCAAAGAAUCAGUCCCCUGCGCGCUCGUGUGUCGACCUCGGAAUGUCAAACGCAGAUUCCCCUGGAGAAUCAUCGCAUAAACAUGAGCAAAAUCAUCGACUGAAAAAGCGGACCCCCUUCGAAAUGUACGAACAUAGCAUCAAUAAUGCGCCCGCCGAACCGAGAGAGAGCGAACUCGAAUGCACAGUGAGUAGUUCUCGCUCUUCCUUCGCCGAUAUUUGGGAUAGUUCCAUCCCAGUUGAGAUUAGAGAUGGAUCCUAUCACACUGGGAUUUUCAACCCAAUUUCAACAGUCCUACAAAAAUGCAACCAACAAGUCAUGGUGCCGUAUUUCUCCAUGCUUUCUGUUAUAGGGUGGAGACCAUUAUGCCGUGACUCAUUCCAUUGCAGAGGGUUCCUAUACCUUGUUAACAUCUUCUAUACUCUUGUAAUCUUUUUGCUGUUAUUAUUCAGCUACGUUGCUAGCAUAACAGCUUGUCAGGCACGGCUGGAUAUUGAACCAUUGAUUCCAGACACAACUUCACUCACACCGACCCAUCGUCCCACCACAUCACACAACAUCACAACACCACACCCUACAACUCCAUCGAAUUCCACAAAUAGCACAAUGCCAACAACACAAAGCAUCCCCAGCUCCUUGCCGCCCAAGACAAUGCCUGCACCUACAGUAAAACACCCCACAAAGUCUACCCAAUACCCAGAUGUCAUAACCUUCUUCACCAUGUACACCAUGUCGCCUGCUCAGCCAGACUGGAAACCCACAGAGUGUACACAUAUCAUGAGUGGAUACGUGGUACCUAAGUUCUUGCAUUUCAUUGCAUUUGUGAUUGGGUUCUACCACUUUAGGAUACAAGAGAGUGAAGGAUUGCAUGCCCUCGUGGAAAUGGUUUUUCUGCAAAGUAAAGAGCAAUCUAAAAUUGUUAAAAGAUUGAGGUCAUUCCUAUUGGCUGGUCUCGUCUGGCUCUUGGGCAUGUUGGCGUGCUAUAUCUUCUUCUGUUUUUCAUUUGGUCUUGCAUCUGUGACUGGAUUUAGACAUAGUGUGAGUCGGCAGUGGGUGGCUGCAAGUAUGAUGGUACUUGGGGACCUGGUAGCAAAUUGCGUCACAUUUGUCAUCAUGCUUAACUACUGCGCCCAGUGUCAGCUCUUGAUCUACUUCCUACGAGAUAUAGCGCUUAGAAUGGAGGAAAAGACAGCAGAGCUCGGUCACCUAAUGAAAGAUCUAUGGGAAGUGAAAAAACACCUCACCAACUUAAACAGUGUAUCAGCUCACAUCACAACUUUAAUCAUCUUCAACUUUUGUGAGGUUGCGGUUAUAGGUCUGACCAUUCUGUUCCGUAAUUCGGAAGGCGUGCCGACGUCUCAGGUUGUUUAUCGCGCCAUCAUUCCGGUCAUGUGCUUGAUAACACUUAUGUGCCCUCUUAUAAUGGGCGCUUCCCUUACGUCGUGCCAUGACUUUACUGACUUUUCUAGGGCGCUUCCCUUACGUCGUGCUAUGACUUUACUGACUUUUCUAGGGCGCUUCCCUUACGUCGUGCCAUGACUUUACUGACUUUUCUAGGGCGCUUCCCUUACGUCGUGCUAUGACUUUACUGACUUUUCUAGGGCGCUUCCCUUACGUCGUGCUAUGACUUUACUGACUUUUCUAGGGCGCUUCCCUUACGUCGUGCCAUGACUUUACUGACUUUUCUAGGGCGCUUCCCUUACGUCGUGCUAUGACUUUACUGACUUUUCUAGGGCGCUUCCCUUACGUCGUGCUAUGACUUUACUGACUUUUCUAGGGCGCUUCCCUUACGUCGUGCUAUGACUUUACUGACUUUUCUAGGGCGCUUCCCUUACGUCGUGCUAUGACUUUACUGACUUUUCUAGGGCGCUUCCCUUACGUCGUGCUAUGACUUUACUGACUUUUCUAGGGCGCUUCCCUUACGUCGUGCCAUGACUUUACUGACUUUUCUAGGGCGCUUCCCUUACGUCGUGCUAUGACUUUACUGACUUUUCUAGGGCGCUUCCCUUACGUCGUGCUAUGACUUUACUGACUUUUCUAGGGCGCUUCCCUUACGUCGUGCCAUGACUUUACUGACUUUUCUAGGGCGCUUCCCUUACGUCGUGCUAUGACUUUACUGACUUUUCUAGGGCGCUUCCCUUACGUCGUGCUAUGACUUUACUGACUUUUCUAGGGCGCUUCCCUUACGUCGUGCCAUGACUUUACUGACUUUUCUAGGGCGCUUCCCUUACGUCGUGCUAUGACUUUACUGACUUUUCUAGGGCGCUUCCCUUACGUCGUGCUAUGACUUUACUGACUUUUCUAGGGCGCUUCCCUUACGUCGUGCUAUGACUUUACUGACUUUUCUAGGGCGCUUCCCUUACGUCGUGCCAUGACUUUACUGACUUUUCUAGGGCGCUUCCCUUACGUCGUGCUAUGACUUUACUGACUUUUCUAGGGCGCUUCCCUUACGUCGUGCUAUGACUUUACUGACUUUUCUAGGGCGCUUCCCUUACGUCGUGCCAUGACUUUACUGACUUUUCUAGGGCGCUUCCCUUACGUCGUGCUAUGACUUUACUGACUUUUCUAGGGCGCUUCCCUUACGUCGUGCUAUGACUUUACUGACUUUUCUAGGGCGCUUCCCUUACGUCGUGCUAUGACUUUACUGACUUUUCUAGGGCGCUUCCCUUACGUCGUGUGCCAAGGAAUUUAAGCAGCGCAGCUUACAGCUGCGUGUUUUCGGAUAUCCGUCGACCACGCAGUUUGACAGAGAUUCUUUUCUUCUCUUCAUCCAAACAAUGGAUC